AUGGCCCGCCUCCUCACGCAAACCCUGACCCUAGCCCGCCCCGCUUCCUCCCCCUCCACCACCGCCGCAUCCGCCUCCCUCCGUGGCCUCUCCACCAAGGUCGAGAUCAUCGAGAUCGACCUCACCGAGGAAGACGCUAGCUCCUCGGCCCACGGCUCCUCCCCCUCGUCCCCGUCGCUCGAGGUGGUCGGGAUCCGGCGCCUGGAGGAGGCCAUCCACGGCGUCAUGGUGCGCCGCGCCGCGCCCGACUGGCUCCCCUUCGUGCCGGGAGGGUCCUUCUGGGUGCCCCCGCUGCGGCGCCCGCACGGGGUCGCGGAGCUCGUAGGCCGGAUCGCGGCCGCCGGGGGCGCUGACGGGGUUGCCGAGCUCGUGGGUGGUAUCGCGACCGCCGAGGGCACCGAGGGGGUCGCCGGGGCCGUUGGCGGUGCGGUCGAAGUCGUGGAGCUCGACGCGCCCAUGACGGAGGAGCAGGCGCUUUGCUUCUCCACCACACGCGGCUGGCCCUCGGCCUCUUUCUUCGUCGAAGGGAAAUCUCCACAUUCAAAGAGGAAAUCGAGGAAAGGUGCAACUCAAACUGAUGAUGAAGAAAGCUGA